AUGCCGCAAAAAGUCUAUGUCACAUAUAACCAGGUGCACAAGCUCUGUCAGACCUCUGCCGAAAAGAUCCUCGAUGUCUUCCGCCCUCAGCUUAUGAUCGCUAUUGGCGGUGGUGGUUAUGUCCCUGCCCGCAUUCUCCGCUCCUUCCUGAAACGCCCCGGCGAGCCCAACAUUCCCAUCCAGGCCAUCGGUCUGUCGCUUUACGAAGACUUGGGUCGCGGCGACCCCGAAGAGGUUCCCGGUACCAAGGUCACACGCACACAAUGGUUGGACCUCAGCUCGUUGGAGAUGAACAACCUGAUCGGAAAGGACAUCCUUAUCGUAGACGAGGUUGAUGACACCCGGACGACGCUGGAAUACGCUGUUAGGGAACUCCAGAAGGACGUUGAGACGGCGCAGAAGCAGUUGGGCCGUGAGAGCGAGAAGACCAACUUCUUUGUCUUUGUACUUCACAACAAGAACAAGGCCAAGAAGGGCCAGCUGCCUGAAGACAUGGUGGAGAAAUACUACCACGCAUCUCUGACUACCGACGAUGUGUGGAUUUGCUAUCCAUGGGAAGCUAAGGACAUUGACGAACACGACCGCUUGUCCAAGGAGAACCCCCUUUAA